AUGAACGCAAUGAUUCGGCUAGUCUUGGAGAAACUAGAAGAUCCGGUGGAUCUUUCUACGGCGUCGUUGGUUUCCACGGCUUGGUAUGACGCAGACAGCAAUACCAGGGAACGCAUCACCGUUCCACUGAGCUACGCAGCGAGUCCAGGCAAAUUGAGUCAAAGGUUCCCAAAUGUGAAGUAUCUACGAGUUAAGGUAAGACCCAGUGAGGAGAUGUUUGAACUUGUAUCUGCGUUUUGGGGAGGAUCCGCAAGCCCGUGGAUCAACGAAAUUGCUAUUUCUGGACUCGAAGCCCUAGAACUCAACUGGUGCCGUGGUUUUACCACAGAUGGACUCAUGUCGAUAACAAAAAGAUGCAGGAAUGUAGAAUCUCUUGUAAUAGGGAACUGUUUAUUGGAAGAAAGAAACGGUGAAUGGCUUCAUGAAAUUGCGUUGCACAACUCUUCCCUCAAAGUAUUGCAUUGUCAUGAGUCAGAUAUUUCAAUGAUAAGCCUGCAAGACUUGGAAACUAUUGUAGAAAGAUGUCUGUCUUUGAUUUCACUUAAAAUUAGUGAUUUUGAUCUUGCGCAAUUAGAAGCUACCCUUAGAGCAGCUACUCGGCUAGAAGAAUUCUAUGGUGGGUGUAUCAUUGUGGAUCCAGAUAAUGAAGAAGACAAUGACAAGUACAUGGCUUUAGAUGAAUCUAUUCCACCAAAUUUGUGUCGGGUUGGUGACUUAAUCGAUCUUCAUGUUGAUGAGAUUUCGAUCUUGUUUGGUUUUGCCAACAGAAUCCAGAAACUGGAUUUGUUUCGGACGGAUCUACUCGUUGAUGCACACUGCAUAUUGCUGGAGAAACUUCCCAACUUGGAAGUUCUGAAGACGAGCAAUAAUAUUGGAGACAGAGGACUGAUUGCGCUUUCUCAGUUCUGUAAGAAGCUAAAGGAAUUGGAAAUUUCUCUAGUUGGAGAUGAAGAAGAGAAUGAACGAUGGGAUUGUACGGUCCCAGACAGAGGAAUGAGAUCUGUUGCAGAGAAUUGCAAGGGGCUAGAAUCUAUUGUCGUGUGCAUGAUAAAGGUGAGUGAUUCAUCUCUUCUCGCUAUUGCAGAACUGAAAGAGUUGCGCAGGUUCGAGCUGGUGUUGAUCCCUACGAACGUCAUGAGAAUUGAGUCACUCGACAAUGGAGUUGGAUCACUUUUGAGCUCAUGUGGGAAAAUCAGAAAGAUUACUUUGCAUCUACUUCCAGGUUGUCUUAGUGAUCUCGGGAUGGGUUACAUAGGCGAGUUUGGCCGAAACUUGAGGCGGGUGAAACUUGUGUCUGUUGGUGAUUCAGACUUGUUAGCUAAAGGGUGUAAACAACUGCAGAAACUUGAGAUGGUAAACUGUCCGUUUAAUGAGAAGGGACUAGCAACAGCUGUGACGAAUCUGUCUUCGUUGAAGUACUUAUGGGCUUGUGGGUAUAACAAGGUUGAGAGAAGAGAUUUGUCUAUCAUGAGUCAUCCACGUUGGAAGAUCGAGCUAAGUUCAUCUGCAGUUGAGGAAAAUUGCCACCUCGUUGCCUACCCCUGCCUAGGUUAUGAACUCAGUGACUACCCAGAGAUCAUCGUACGCUACAACUGA